GAUUCUAUUUCUAUCACUGUUGUUCUCACUUUGCCACUCCUUUUCUCCUUUUGAAUCUUGUUCCCAUUGCUCUCUUCUUUCUUCUGUAAAUGCUUCUUCUGGCUUCUGUGUAUCUAUCCCAGUUGCUGUUCAAGCUUUUAUUCCUAGAUACAUAACAAUAAGAUGCCAAGGACCACCCGGGCAAGGGCAGCUUCCAAGGCUGAGGAAUCUCCAAAGGCUGUGGAAAAAGCAGCAUCUGAAACAGAAGAGCAGGUGGACUUUGAAGAGGAGGCUGUUGAAGAGGAGGUUGAAUAUGAGGAAGUAGAGGAAGAAGUGGAGGAAGAAGAAGAGGAAGAGGUUGAAGAAGAAGAAGAAGUUGAGGAAGAUGAAGAAGAAGAAGAAGAGGAGGAGGAGGAAGAUGCUGAUGAUGAAGCAGACAGACAGAAAGCCGGGGAGGAUGAAGAAAUGGAAAAUGCUGAUGCUGAUGAAGAGAAGAAGUAUGCAGAGCUUCUUGCCCUUCCUCCUUAUGGUUCAGAAGUAUAUCUUGGUGGAAUUCCUCUAGAUGUUUCCGAAGAUGAUGUCAAAAAGUUUUGUGAAUCCAUUGGAGAAGUCACAGAGGUUCGGAUAAUGAGGGGCAAAGAUGCAUCCGAGAAUAAGGGGUAUGCUUUUGUGACCUUCAGGACCAAGGAGUUGGCUUCUACUGCCAUCAAGGAGCUUAAUACUAAGGAGCUGAAGGGUAAAAGGGUGAGGUGCUCAACAUCUCAAGCAAAACAUAAGUUAUUUAUUGGUAAUGUUCCAAAAAGUUGGACAUUGGAAGACAUGGAAAAAGUUGUGAGAAAGGUUGGACCAGGGAUCAAUUCUGUGGAGCUGCUAAAGGAUCCACAAAACCCUAGGAGGAACCGUGGAUUUGCUUUCAUUGAGUAUUAUAACCAUGCAUGUGCAGAGUAUUCGAGACAAAAAAUGCUGAACCCUAAAUUUAAACUUGAUGAUAAUGCUCCAACUGUCAGCUGGGCUGACCCCAAAAAUGCAGAGUCUUCAGCUUCUUCUCAGGUGAAGGCAGUGUAUGUGAAGAAUCUACCAAAGAAUGUGACUCAAGAUGAGCUAGAAAAGAUAUUCGAGCACCAUGGAAAGAUCAUAAAAGUGGUUCUCCCUCCUGCAAAAGCAGGCCACGAGAGGAGUAGGUUUGGUUUUGUUCAUUUUGCAGAUAGAUCAAGUGUCAUGAAGGCUCUUAAGAACACCGAGAAGUAUGAGUUAGAUGGUCAAGUAUUGGAGUGCUCACUUGCUAAGCCACAAGCAGACCAGAAAUCAUCUGGAGGAUCUUCAAACAACCAGAAUAAGGCGGCUUUACUUCCAAACCACCACCCUCCUCGUGUUGGUUAUGGCGGCUUGGUAGGUGGUGCAUAUGGUGGUUUGGGUGCAGGAUAUGGUGCAGCCGCCUAUGGACAGCCGCCACUUAUAUACGGAAGGGGACCUUCAACAGCUGGUAUGGCCAUGAUGCCAAUGCUUUUGCCUGACGGAAGGAUUGGAUACGUCCUGCAACAACCAGGUAUGCAGCCACACUCACCACAGGCCAUGCCACAACAGCCAAGAGGUGGUGGUGGUCGGAGUGGGGGAGGAGGCGGCUCAGGUGGUGGUCAUAGGCGGGGUAAUGACAGUGGAGGUCGAGGAGGAGGAGGACGACGCUACAACCCGUAUUAGGCUGCCGGGUCUAAUAAUGUUAAUUGUGUUUCGGAUGGAUUAACUUUAAGAGCACCUGGAGGGAUACAGAUUGGGAUUGAAUGGUUAAAACUUUACCCCACUAAAUUGUUUUAACAUUUCUUUGUGCUUCUCUUUAAAACAAAACAAAACAAAAAAUGGAGAGCUUAAUUAGCUUGAAUGAAUAGUGUUAUAGUUGGUUUGUUAUGUGGAAAAUAAAACUAGACCGACUGCUCUAACCAACUAAUCCAAUCCAAUCCAAUCCAAUCCAUCAUGUCAUCAACUUGUU